AUGCGGCUUCUGGCGCUCCAAUUGAAAAAGACGAAGAAAAAAGUGCCCUCACUUGAGAGCCAACGCCGAGAAGCGCACAGCGAACGGGCUGCGAUAGAGGAUUACCAGAGUCUAGCCAAGGAAGAAGAAGUCAAAAAGGACAAAGACAAAACGACCUUGCGCACCAUGAAUCGUCAACCGACGACCAGAAAUAGAUUGUGGCCCGCGCUGCUACGGCUCGUCCUCCUCUUAGGCCUCGCAACAUGGACGAUUGAAGCUCGGAGCCUUGCACCGCGCCAGGAGGAUGAUGUUCCUGCCGCGGACACCGCCGGGCGCGAGCGUGUCAGCAUCAACCAGGGCUGGCGCUUCCGGCGCUUCACCGAAAACCCCGACAGCCUGGGCUACAGCACCAUGAAACCCUGGAUCAUGCCCGCCGCCAACAACUUUGUCAAGGACGCCGCCCGCCACGCGCAGCGCCCCGCGAACCCACCCUCCAAUGUCGAGUUUGCCCAAAGUUCCUUUGACGACGGGGCGUGGGACAGCCUCAACCUUCCCACGACUGGGCCAUCAACGAGCCCUUCUACGAGGGUAACAAUGUCCCCGUUGGAGGCAGCAUGGGGCGCCUCCCCAUUCACGGCGUCGGUUGGUACAGGCGCAAGAUUGACCUAG